GACGUACUUGAAAUUCUACCUUGCAGCUUGUACACGCUCGCACGACAUGGAAAGACAUGCGAGACAAUACAAGGAUUCGGCAGAGUCUGCGCAGUCUGCCGCGAGCACGGAUCUGCCACCAGUGGAGACGAUUUGUAAGCAGUUGGAUGACAACCUCGCUGCAAGUUCGGCACUGAAGGUUUACCUGCGCAUCAGGCCUCGAGUCGGGGGCCGGCCGUUCACAGACCCGGCAUUUCAGCCUCUUGAUGACAAAACUGUGGAGUCCACCACAGCUACUCUGGAACACAAACAUCAAAAGCGAUUUAGCUUUACAAAGGUGUUUCCAGAGGGCAGCAGCCAGGAGCAGCUGUUUCAGGAGGCAGUGCAGGAUCCUGUGGAUGCCUUCAUCAACGGAGCCAAUGUGCUGCUCUUUGCAUAUGGCCCAACUAAUGGAGGCAAAACUUACACAAUGCAGGGCCCUCCUGCAGCACCAGGAGUUGUGCCUCGCACACUCGACAGACUGUUCAGGGUGCUUGGGCCUCAGGUGUGCGAGGGGGCACCAGUGCGCCCCGACUGUUUUGACGACGUUGUCCUGCUCAACGCAGAAGAGGAGGCCUCUGCACUCUUGCAGAAAAGCAAAUUGUUGGGUGAGAAGGGAGCCCGCAGUGCUGCAGAUUUCAGCACUUUCCAUCUGCCUGCAAGUGAAAGCGACGGAUCGCUCUUCCUAUCGCGCAGCAGUGACUACAGCUAUGAUGACAAAGCACAGGCGUUGCUGUGGCUCUCGUUCUACGAAAUCUACAAUGAGGGCAUCUACGAUCUGCUGCUCCCAUCGCUUGAGGCAGCUUCGAAGAAAACAGGCGGCCAGCGGCGCACCAUUCUGAAGCUUGGUGAAGACCGGGCCAAACGUUCAUUUGUGCGGGGGCUCGUUGAAGUGCCUGUGCACUCGGCCGAUGAAGCUCAUCGACUGCUCUGCCUGGCGCGCAACAACCAGAGCUUCGCUGAGACGCAGCUGAACCGCAGCUCGAGCCGCAGCCACUGUGUCUUCACUGUGCGGCUCGUAAGUUCCACUGUGGACAGCCGCAACGGCAGCCAAAACUGGCACGUCAACACAUUGAUGCUCUGCGACCUGGCAGGUUCGGAGAGGCCGUCCAAAGCUGGCACCGAUGGGUCGCGGCUUCGCGAAGCUGGCCGCAUCAACACCUCUCUCAUGGUUCUCAGCCGCUGCCUGGAAAGCCUACGUAACAAGAAGGACUCGUCAAAGAAUGCUUGUGUGCCCUUCAGAGAAAGCAAGUUGACAAAGGUGAUGCAAGCCUACUUCACAACUGGCGGUCAAGUAUCUCUGAUUGUCAACAUCUGCCCAGCCAUGUCCAUGCUGGAGGAGUCGCUGAACGCAUUGAAGUUCUCGGCUGUUGCCAUUGAAGUUGUGCCACAGCAGCUGGAACUGCGGCACACUCGCUGCAAAGAGGCAGUUCGUCGGCUGAGCGAGCGUUGGAGCCGUGCGGUGGAGGGUUUUGUGCCUCUGCACUUUCACCGAUUCCAGCGGAAGACGUUGAAGCCGGAGCCUUGGAUGCAGACGCAGCAGAAGAGCUGUUCGAGACUAUCGAGGCACAACAGCGUGACCUGGAUGCACUUGAACGCGAACUCAAGGACACCCGAAGCCAACUCGCCUGGGCACAGAAGAUGGCUGCUGCAAACGAAGCUGAAGUCAACGACUAUAAGGAGAUGGUGAAAGACUUGGAGAGGUCGCUUCGCACACAGCGUGACCGUUCUGACCAGGAGAUGGCCAUUCGUGUCGAGAACGCCUGCGAGAUCACUCGGCUUGAGAUGUACCGCAAGGCGGAGCGAGGCUCAACUAUAGAACUUCUUGGACGCCUCGAGGAUGCACAGUGCCAGAUUGCUGAUCUCAAGAAAGAGCUGGCUGAGCAGGCGACUGUGCAGCAUGACUCGGUGGCUGAAGAUUGCAGGCAAGGGUCGCCUU